AUGCUGCGCCAGGGUUGUCGGUGUCCGCUGCGCGGACCCGCCAAAGUGGCGGUUGCCUUCAAGGAAGCGCCUUUAUCACGUGCAGUAUCCGUGAAUCGUUCAUCAGGAUGCUCCUCCUUAGUUUCUCUCAGGAGCUUCUCCACACGAGGGAGCCGUCUCAUCUUUUCGGGGGAUUUCAGCAGUAGGUACCGUGGUCGCUUUGGUCUGUCGUAUUCAGACCUAUUGGGCUUCGAACGACGUCCACGGGAAGCACUAGACCACAUUCCCCGCUUUAUGCAAGCCUCUUGUUUCUCGGCAGCUGCCAACACUCCAGGAUUUUCUCUGAAAGGAGAUGACUACACGGACCGAGCUCUUGAGGCCCUGGCGGGAAUGAUAUCGUUGGCGCAAGAAUACAGCCCUCCGACGUUGGAAACCGAACUUCUCGUGCUGUCUCUUUUAAACCAAGGUGAAGAUGGCCUGUUCACAAUGAUCAUGAAACAGGCAGGUGUGGACCUAGACAAGCUUCGCAGCGGAGUUGUUGAUUUUGUCGAAAGACAUCCGACUGUUUCUGACAAUAGCACACGGACGUUGGGUCCGGUGCUGCAGAAGGUGCUGUCGAGCGCCAACAGCUUGCGGCUCCAGUGGCAUGAUGAGUAUAUAUCUGUUGAGCACUUGGCGGCUGCCUUGGCAGAUGAAGACUCGAGGUUUCUUGUUAGAUUUCUGAAAGAAUCGAAGCUGACAGCCAAUGACAUUCGGCAGGCAAUCAAGGCCAUCCGUGGCACUCGGCGGGUAAAUACAAAGACACCGGAGGUGUCCUAUCAGUCCCUUAAAAAGUAUGGCAGAGAUCUGACAGAAGCAGCAAUGGCCAAUGAGUUAGAUCCUGUGAUAGGGAGAGACAAGGAAGUCCGACGCGUCAUUCAGAUCCUCAGUCGCCGCACUAAGAACAAUCCCAUCAUCCUUGGCGACCCUGGCGUUGGGAAGACCGCUAUUGCCGAGGGUCUUGCACAGCGGAUUGUCUCCGGGGACGUCCCAGACACUUUGGCAGGCCGCCAGCUUAUCUCGCUCGAUCUAGGUGCGUUAUUGGCGGGUGCGAAGCUGAGAGGCGAGUUCGAAGAGAGACUGAAAAGUGUGAUCAGGGAGGUUCAGGAGAGUUCAGGACAGAUUAUUCUCUUCAUAGACGAAAUUCAUAUGGUUGUUGGUGCCGGGUCCGCCGGCGAAAGCGGCAUGGAUGCUGGGAAUAUUCUGAAACCCAUGCUGGCACGAGGCGAACUCAGGUGCAUCGGAGCGACAACUCUCGAUGAAUACAGAAAAUAUAUUGAGAAAGACAAGGCGCUCGAACGUCGAUUCCAAGUAGUACUUGUUGACGAACCCCGAGUGGAAGAUGCUCUGUCUAUUCUCCGAGGCCUCAAGGAACGCUACGAGAUGCACCAUGGAGUUAGCAUUCGUGAUUCGGCCCUUGUAGCAGCCUGCGUCCUUUCCAAUCGGUACAUCCAAGAUCGUUUCCUGCCCGACAAGGCGAUUGACUUGAUCGACGAAGCGGCUUCCAAGAUUAAGAUCGAGGUGACGUCAAAGCCGACGCGUUUAGAUGAGAUUGACCGCAAGCUUAUGCAGCUGGAGAUGGAGAAGAUAUCGAUCGUGUCAGACAUGAAAGGCGGGCAGGACGCAGCUGAGCAGCAGCGGCUCCAAACGUUGGAGAAAAAAAUGGCUGAUCUAAAAGAAGAGCAGUCGCGGUUGAAUGCGAUUUGGGAACAAGAGCGGGCGGAGAUCGAGAAGAUUGCAGAUCUUAAGCAAGAGAUCGACGAAGCGAAGGUGGAGCAGCAGAAAGCCGAAAGGGAAUACAAUCUGAACAAGGCAGCUCAGAUACGGUACGGCAAGAUCCCAGAGUUGACGCAGAAGCUCGCGACUUUGGAGGCAGCGGCUAAACGAGAAGAACUUUCCUCCUCGCGGCUUCUGAGAGACACAGUCACAGCAGAAGACAUUGCGCAAGUCGUUGGGUCAUGGACGGGGAUUCCCGUUAGUCGUCUCGUAGAAGGGGAGAGGGAGAAGCUUCUGGGUUUGGAAAAGGCACUGAACGACCGGGUCAUUGGCCAGGAAGAAGGCGUUCGUUCUGUGGCUGAAGCGAUUCAGAGGUCCAGAGCAGGUCUGUGCGACCCAAAUCGGCCGAUUGCCUCGCUGGUCUUUUUAGGCCCUACGGGUGUCGGCAAGACUGAACUGUGUAAGGCUCUUGCAAGACAGCUUUUUGACACCGAAGAGGCCCUGCUUCGAUUCGACAUGUCCGAGUAUAUGGAGAAGCACUCGACUGCGCGCCUCAUUGGAGCCCCGCCUGGCUACAUUGGCUUCGACAAAGGUGGGCAGUUGACAGAGGCUGUGCGGCGGAGGCCGUACUCCGUGCUGCUGUUCGACGAAAUGGAGAAGGCGCACCCGGAAGUCUUCAACAUCUUCCUGCAAAUUCUGGAAGAUGGAAUUCUCACGGACAGCCACGGCCACACCGUGAGCUUCAAGAACUGCAUCAUCAUCUUCACGUCCAACAUGGGCAGCGAUCUGCUCCUCCAGGCCUCAGGCACCAAGGACAGAGAGGAAGUCACCCAGGCCCUGAUGGAAAUCGUUCGGAGGCACUUGCGCCCGGAGCUGGUGAAUCGGAUGGAUGAAUUCGUUGUCUUCAAUCCUCUAAGUGAGGCGAAUCUCUUCGGCAUAUUCGACCUCGAAGUAGCCAAGCUGCAAGCCCGCCUCACUGACCGCCGCCUAACUCUGAGCGUCACCCACCGGGCCAAGGCGGACAUUGUCCAGGCUGCCUACGACCCGAACUUCGGCGCCAGACCACUGAGGCGGGCGGUGCAGCACACCCUGGAGACGCCUCUCUCUCGGCUGAUUCUUUCGGGGUCGAUUAGCAACGGCCGUCGCGUUGGCGUUGCGUCGAAGCAGGAGGAGCUGCCGGUCUCAAGUGAGAAGAUCGAGGAUUCCAAGAUUCCAGAGAACCUCCAGUUUUUUCUCUAUCCUCAAGAAGGCACGGCGCAGCACAUGCUUGCCAGUGGCGAUACGGGCGACGCUACCAAGGACACGGGGGAAACGGCUGCGUUCUCGUGA